GCCAAUAACAGGAACACCAAGGCAUCAUUACAAGCUCGGUUACAGCUAAACAGACAGAGUUGCGGGAUUAUCAAAAGGCCGGGAAAAACAGAGAGACAGGUGCAGAGGAUGUCCAGAGGUGACUGGGGUUUUCUAGAAAACCUGUUAGAGGAAAGUCAGGAGUACUCAACUGGUGUUGGACGUGUGUGGCUCACUGUUCUUUUUCUCUUCCGUAUCCUCGUCUUGUGUACUGCAGCUGAGUCUGCAUGGGAUGACGAACAGGCCGAUUUUGUUUGCAACACCAAACAGCCCGGCUGUGAGGCUGUGUGCUACGACAAGGCUUUUCCUGUCUCUCAUUUCCGUUACUUUAUUCUGCAGGUCAUCUUUGUCUCUACACCCACCAUUUUAUAUUUUGGUUACGUGGCACUAAAGAAAAACAAGGUGCUAGAAGAGGAGAAAGAGAAGCAGCAUGGGAGACAGAAGGACCAAAAAGGCAAAGAAUUCAAGCUAGAUGUGAUACAGGAAGAGAAUGAAGAUGGGAAACCUCCACUAAAGGAAAAGAAGCUUCCUUUGCUCAGGGGGAAGCUACUGGGUGCAUACACUGUCAGCAUCAUCCUCAAAGUCCUAAUUGAGGUUGGCUUUAUUGUUGGGUUGUGGUUCCUCUAUGGAUUUGUAAUUCAACCCAAGUAUGAAUGUCAGAGAAGUCCCUGCCCCCACACGGUGGACUGUUUUGUCUCUCGGCCCACUGAGAAGACCAUUUUCACUAUAUAUAUUCAGGCCAUCGCAUCGGUCUCUGUGUUGCUCAAUGUUGUAGAGCUUUUCCACCUUCUUCAACUGUCCAUUACACAUUACAUGGAGAAGAAGUACCAAUGUCAGCAGAUAGGAGUGCCACGAGUAAUAGAGAAAACUCCAACAAAACUGAGGUCAACCAAAGAUCGGGAUCGAACUUACCAGGAAAAAGGCCAUCUCUGUCUUCCAGCAGAAAACAGCAGCUAUGCUGAGUCUGUCAUGGACUGGACUGAGAGUAUUCCGCGCCCAUCAGAGAAUAUGCUUCCAACAUACUUAAUCUGUAUCAGUGGCACCACAAAUAGAGGUCACUACAAAGAGGAUGUUCGCACCAAACCCAAUAAAAGUGCUGCUAAAGAGAAACACUCCAAUGAUCAACAUUAUGUAUGAGCUCAGACGAUCAGUAUAUGUUCGUGUGUUUUGGAAAAUCAGAGGGUGGGAUGAAAUUCCACUUUCUGUUCCCAAAGCACUUCUGUGAGACAGAUGCCAUUUCCUCCAUUUCCUGUUUGGAUAAAGUGGAAUGUACUUUCUUGUAGACUGAACAUUUAAGGAUGGGAAAGAGAGAAAGGGUAACACUGAUUGUCAAGCAUUAGUUAUUAGCAUUAGCAUCAGUAAAUAAGGUACAGUGAAACAUCAUAAUUUAAGGAAUAGUCUACUGUAGAGUGUUAAAAUUUUUGCUCAACCUAAUGCCUGCUAAUGAGCCAAAGUGUAUGUUGUAUAUGUUAAUGUGUUUGAUUAUACAUGUUCAUACUGUAUACAUGUGUCUUCUAUAUGUAGCUACAUAUAUAAAUAACAUAUUAAUGAACAGUGUAGUAAAGAUGCAGGAUUUAGGUUUUAACAUUAGUGGGCACUGAAUAGCCACAACACAGUUUCUUUAAUUAUAGUAUUUAACAUUUAAGAUGCAUAAGGUAGCUACAUUCUAGGCCUAAUCACUAAGACGUUUUUGUUUCCUUUUUCACUCUGUUUCUAUAAAUCCACAGCUGAUACCUGCAAAUAAUGUUGGAUAACAGCAUUGCAUGUUUGCUUACAAGUGAAUUGAUUUUCGAAUUAGUACUAGCUAGCUAGCAGGCGCCAAAGAAUCAGAUGCAGUUGCAGGUAAAAUUCAGUUAAAUAAUAAACUCAGGCAAACCGUCAAAAUCAGCACAUAGUAUCAAAAACAUUAGGCAGGCUAUGGUCAGGUGAUUAGCAAAGCAAAGCAAAAUCAGCAAUGUAAGAAUGGUUUAAGGGUCAAAUUGUGAAAUCAGAAAGGCUUCAAAGGCUUGGUAAUGUUUUACAACAAAAUUAAAUUAAUUAAAUGAUUCUGAAAGAAA